AUGAAGCUUGCAGGGACAAUGCCUGUGUCGGAUUCGGGAAUAGGCACUAAGGCGUCGGAUGAAACCGACAGCCAAACGAUGACCGAUGCCAGCCCGGAUGUAAUCGAACUUCCCGACAAAGAACAUGGAUCCAGCAGCAAUGACGACGAUGGUACGACUCGUACAGAGCUUUCGGAGCCCGAAAAUACUCAGCCAUUGGUGCAAGAAGUGUCCGUGUCUCAUCCACUGCAGUAUCGCUGGGCACUUUGGUACCUGAAGGCUGAUCGAAGCAAGGACUGGGAGGAUUGCCUGAAGCAAGUCGCAGUUUUUGGCAGUGUUGAGAGUUUCUGGAGCUUGUACAAUCAUAUCCAGUCAGCAUCGGGUCUCAACUGGGGCAGCGAUUACUAUUUGUUCAAGGAUGGGAUCAAGCCAAUGUGGGAGGAUGAAAACAACGUGAGAGGCGGUCGCUGGCUUGUUGUGGUGGAUAAGCAGAAGCGCGCCCAGUUGCUGGAUCAUUAUUGGCUCGAGCUGUUGAUGGCCAUCAUUGGUGAGCAGUUCGAGGAUCACGGCGAAUUCAUCUGUGGCGCAGUGGUCAAUGUUCGCCAGAAGGGUGACAAGGUGAAGCAGCAGCGCUUCUUCGUGCCAAGAAUGGUACCAAGUUUAAGACUUUGUUUGGCACUUUCUCAUUCCGCCCUGUUGCAGGUUUCUCUGUGGACUCGCGACUCGCUUCGAGAUGACAUCAACUUGCAGAUUGGACAGAUCCUGAAGAUGAAACUGGACAUCCCUGAUUCGGACCCAAUUCGCUAUGAAGUGCACAAGGACUCAUCUGUUCGCACAAGUUCGAUGGUGAAACCACGCAUAAUCAUUCCAUCGAAGGAGGUGCGAUAA